GUGACCAGGAAAUGCGAACAGAUUGUUUUGACCGUAAGCAAUAAAUCACCUUCUUCUUCCCUGUCGACAGGGCUGUGCCAUCUCGUGUCACCGGUCAAAGGGUUUUCUCAAGCUCACAGAAUGGACGAAACGCUUCGUCUCAAGUCCACUCAACAUUCACUAGAAUGAGAUUGACCCUAUGGAUAACUGAAAUGCGAUUUACUGCUUAAAUUUAACUUUAACUAGGCUACACAUACGGGACUGACGAACAAUUUCACAAUGGGAGACAUCAGAGAAAGGGUUUUAUUGUGCUGUCGGAGCAUUUCCUCGUGUUUCAGAGACCCUGCGGAUGACACCUCACCUGCCACCGAGAAACCGCGUAUUGUAGUGAUAAAGAAUGAGAAUACGAAGGCGCCUAGCCGGGAGUUACCGCCGACACCUGUGGAGAAACCCGGCUACGUUUACGUCGCGCUGUACGACUACACGGCGCGCACGGAUGAUGACCUGAGCUUUAACGCAGGGGAUAAACUGGAGCCUCUCACUAAAGGCGAUGACUGGUGGAUCGCGAGAGGAAUCACCGGGAUUUCGGCAAAUAAAGAGGGAUACAUUCCUGCUAACUAUGUGGCACCCGUAGAAAGCCUCGACGCUGAACCAUGGUAUUUUCCAGAAACCAAGCGCCUGGAUUCCGAGAAGAUGUUGAUGUCUCCAGAAAACAACAAUGGAGCUUUUCUAAUAAGAAACUGUGAAAGCCAGGCGGGAGAACUCUCACUCUCAGUGCUGGUCCAAGGGAAAGUGAAGCAUUAUAAGAUCAGAAAGUUGGAUAACGGUGGCUACUUUGUGUCAAGGACUCAGAAUUUUAUCACACUGAGAGAUCUAGUGGAGCACUACUCCAGAUAUGAAGAUGGCCUCUGUAUUCGUUUGGCAGAACCCUGCAAAAAAACAAUAGCUCCAGAAACUCAUGGUCUGUCUUAUAACACUGUGGAUCAUUGGGAGAUCCCACGUAAAUCUGUACAACUCCUGAAGAAGUUGGGAGCGGGGCAGUUUGGGGAGGUCUUUGAAGGCAUAUGGAACGACACAACAGCUGUUGCUGUCAAAACACUCAAACCAGGAACUAUGGAUCCAAAAGACUUCCUGCGAGAAGCACAGAUAAUGAAGAGACUCCGUCACCCCAAACUAAUCCAGCUAUAUGCCGUCUGCACUAUGGAGGAGCCCAUCUACAUCAUCACAGAGCUCAUGAGCCACGGAAGCCUCCUAGAUUACCUGCAAAAAGACAGAGGUGCUUCUCUGCUAAUGUCUGAACAGAUAGAGAUGGCAGCACAAGUGGCUGCUGGCAUGGCAUACUUAGAGUUGCAGAACUACAUUCACAGAGAUCUUGCGGCACGAAACGUUCUGGUGGGAGAUAACAACGUGUGCAAGGUUGCCGACUUUGGCCUGGCACGAGUUUUUCAGAUGGACAAUGAGGACAGUGGUGAGAACGUUUAUGAGGCCAAAGAAGGAACCAAGUUUCCAGUGAAAUGGACUGCACCCGAGGCCAUCCACGACAACAAGUUUACCAUCAAAUCUGACGUCUGGUCUUUUGGGAUCCUACUGUAUGAAAUUGUGACUUUUGGACAUAUGCCUUACCCAACCAUGACAAACUUUCAGGUGGUGCAACAGUUGCCCAAAGGCUACAGGAUGCCUUGCCCUCUAAACUGCCCCAAAUGUCUGUAUGAAAUCAUGUGUGAUUGCUGGAAGGAUGUCCCUGCAGACAGACCUACCUUCGAAACUCUGCAGUGGAAACUCGAGGACUUCUUUGAUAUUGAUGUCAGCUCUUACGAUGAUGCAAACCGCUACUAAAAGACACUACUACUUACACACUUAGCAGCUUAAUAUAACCACAGAUGAGUCAAGUACUGGGUUUCGACAAGCAAGCCUGAGAUGCCAUUGUGGGAUAAAAUGAACAAACUGCCUUUAUGCAUUCUCAAUGAACACAUUUAAUAUGCUCAAU